CGUUCCCGGCGGAAAGGGAAUAAGAUUUGGCGGCCAUUCUUAUGCUCUGCAGGCCCCACACGUAGUACGUGCCACGUACCGAUAAGCCUUAUGGCACGUAUCCACGUGCGCUUGAUCUAAGGCCUCCUCACUUCACUUUACGACAAGCACAAGCAUCAUGGUCAAGUACGUUCUGAUGGGAGCUGGUGGUAACGUUGGCGGUGUCGCGGCCGACUUCGCCGUUGAGAUCGCGAAACCAGAGGACCACCUGGUGUUCGCCAGCAGCAGUCUGGACAAGAUCCCUGCCGAGAAAGUAGCCCAUUGGCGCAGUAAGGGCGUCGAGGUGGUGUCUGCCAGCUACGACGACCGAGAGAGUAUGAAAAAGGCGUUCAAAGGUGCAGAUGCCGUUGCGACCAUCUCGACGUGGCUGAUCGGAGACCGUCGCCGCAACCAGAUCAAGAACGCGCUCGAAGUGGCGAAGGAAAUGGGCGUCAAGCGCUUCUGCUACACGUCGGGGGCUGGUGCUGGCGUGGAAGCAAAGACGGAGGAGGACAUCCCCUAUCUGCUUCGCGACCACCACUACAUCGAGCAGUUGGUCUACGCGUCCGGUCUGCAGUACAACAUCCAAAGAAACUGCUUGUACGCGGACAACAUUCCAAUGUACUUCGCUCCUUCGUGGAAAUUCUGCGGUGACAAGUGGCUGACCAAUAGUCACGGCCAGAAGGGCUGCUACGUGUCCCGUGACGACUGUGGUCGUGUGUUGGGAGCCUUGCUUCUCGGCCGGGGUGAACCAAACACGGUCUACGAAGUCACGGGCGGUGGCGGCGUCUCGCACGAAGAAAUCUUCGACUUCAUGAGCAGUGAAGUUGGCUACAAGGGAGAGUUGGUGGAUAUGACCGAUGAGGAGCUGAAGAAAUGGUGGCUGGACCGUGGCCUUCCCAAGGACGUGUACGGUGAUUUCUCGCAGCUUCCGAUGAAGUUGUGUAUUGGUGAUCUGCUGUGUUCCGGUGAGAUGGUUGCUAAUGGAUGCAUGAUGCCGGCGUCGAAUGCCGUGGAGAAAUUAACGGGCCGCAAGCCGACCCACUGGAAGGAUGCGAUGAUCAAGUACAAGGAUAUCUUUCCGAAGUCGGAGUAAAGUGCCAAGGACAGCCGUUACAACUAGAUAGCGCGAAGUUUUCCGAUAAUAAUGUUUCUUGCAUUUUUGCUGUGAAUUCAACCGAUUUCGUCUCCAAA